AUGCCUGGAAUCUCAGGACCACCUGGAUCUCCUGGUUUAAAAGGAGAGAGGGGCGAAAGAGGACCACCUGGACCUAUCAGCGUUACUAUGGCUGGAUCUGAUAUUGUCACUAUCAAGGGUGACAAAGGUGACGCUGGAUUACGAGGAAGAAGAGGAAGGCCCGGUCCGAGUGGUCCUAAGGGUACUGCUGGAACACCUGGGCCACCUGGACCACCUGGAAGACCUGGAGAUAAGGGAGAUAUUGGGCUACCAGGAUGGAUUGGACGUCCAGGAACAUUAGGACCACCUGGUCAACCGGGGCCAGUUGGACCCAAAGGUGAAAAAGGAGACCCAGGAGUAAACAUACUAGAUGUAUCAAUGUUCAAAGGUGAAAAGGGCGACCGUGGCUUCGAUGGACUGCCAGGUCUACCAGGCGUGCCCGGUCCAGCAGGACCUCCCGGACCAUCUGGAUCCCUAUCCGAAGCUAUCCAGUACUUGCCAGGACCACCUGGACCACCAGGACCCCCCGGACCUCCUGGCCCACCAGGAGUUUCCAUCGUUGGACCUAAAGGAGAACCUGGAUUCACACACUAUGAAGAACAUCCUGUGCACGGCAAUACUAAGUUUUAUGGAAGACCAAUGUCGAAAAGUCCCCUCGAUGAGCUUAAGGCUCUUAAGGAACUGAAAGACUUGACGAAUAGAGACAGGGACAGGGAUAGACAUGGACCAGUUCAAUCGCACCCAGCAGUCCAUCACACGGAAGAACCCAACAAGUCAGUUCCUGGCGCAGCAGUGUUCCAAACUACGGAGGAAAUGUUGAAGCUCGCGUCAUCGAGUGCUGUCGGUGCUCUGGCUUACGUUGUCGAAGAGCAAGCUUUGUUUGUCAAAGUUAAUUCCGGCUGGCAGUACGUACUGCUCGGGUCAUUAGUAACCCAGUCUGCGCCAACGCACCCGACGCCUGCACCUGCCCCACCUCCACCAAUGCCAGCCGCCAGUUUAGUACACAAGCCCUCAUUAUCUAAUCUCGUUGAAAGUUCGCCUGUACCUGGACCCAGUCUUCACUUAGCGGCAUUAAAUGAGCCGUUGCCAGGCAACAUGCAUGGUAUUCGUCGUGCUGACUACGCGUGCUACCGACAAGGAAGACGUGCUGGAUUCAGAGGCACAUUCAGAGCUUUAUUGACUAGCAAGAUCCAAAACUUGAACUCAAUAGUUCGUUACUCAGAUCGUCACCUACCAGUUGUGAACACUCAAGGAGAAAUUCUAUUCAAGUCAUUUUCGGAUAUGUUCGAUGGCAAUGGAGCGCUAGCAGCUGGAGCCAGAAUAUACAGCUUCAAUGGAAGAAACGUUCUUACUGACUCGCAUUGGCCACAGAAAGUAAUCUGGCAUGGAUCACGCGCUAAUGGUGAACGCGCUUUGGACAGUUACUGUCAAGAGUGGCAGAACGGGGAUCCUACAAGUCGAGGCCUUGGGUCCGCACUACAAUCCCACAAACUACUGGCACAGGAGAGAUAUCCUUGCAGUAGUCACUUUAUUGUGCUGUGCGUAGAAGUAGCUUCAGAAAUAAACUCGCGAAGAAAAAGAGAAACAAUAAGAUACAAUACAACGGGCAUACUUGAUGAGGACGACUACCUUUACAACGCGGAGGAAUACCAACAACUACUGAACGAAAUAUUUGCUCAACCAUUGAGAGAAAAUUAA